AUGGCACAGAUGAUCACCACGCUCUUCUACAGCAGCAAGGUCGAUGCGUACUACCCCAGCAGCCUCUCAAAGCGCAGCAAAAUAUUCCUGUCACCUGUGAAACUCAAGUACCUUCUUUCGUACUACAACCAAGCCAAGAAGGACGAAUUCAGGUACCUUCAGGCGCACCUGCUGAUGGUCAUUGAGAUAUUCACCAGUGAAAUAAUGGAUAGGAGUGGAUUGGAUCCAGGACUACUCUCCUACGUUAAUACGGUAAUAGAAUGA